UAAUAACAUAAAAAUUUACUAAUUAAACACUUUUUUAUAAUUUAUCAACUUCAUAAUCCAGGAAAUUAAAGAAAGUGAACCAAACUGAAACAACAAUUUCAUUCACUUGAUUAUUAAAAAAAAAAACUUUAAUAAUGAAAAAACUAAAAGAAAAAAUAAAUCCUGUUUAAAAAAAAUUUAUAAAUACCAAAUAUAAAAUGUUCAAUAAUUGCUAGUAUUGAUAAAUACCGAAUGAUGUGAACCCAAAAAAAAAUUCAAUCUCAUAAAAGAAAAGUGAUUAAAAAAAAAAUUUAAUUAAAAGUGUGAAAUUAAUUAAUAUCGAUUGCAAAAGGAAAAAUGGUUGAUCUAAUGGCAGGUGGUUGAUUUAUUUUGGAAAAUAUACACAAACGUCAUCCUGUAUAGUUAGGGGACGAUGUGAGGCUUCGAUCAUGAAGGGUGGUGGGCACAACAGAGUGUGGACAGCGACCUUGAUAACUCUAACACUUGGAAGCUGGAUAGGCAAAGUUGGUCCACGACCGGCAGACGGAGAAAUUGCAUCCCUAACGUCAACAAGAGAACGUCUGGAAACAGUUAGACAGGUGUUGUCCGAAGUUCCAUUAAUCGAUGGCCAUAAUGACCUACCUUGGAAUAUCAGGAAUUUCCUACACAAUCAACUCGCGAAUUUCGAUUUUGAUAAGGACCUACGACAGGUGGCACCAUGGAGCAAAAGUGCCUGGAGUCAGACUGAUCUCCUCAGACUCAGACAAGGAAUGGUUGGCGGACAGUUUUGGGCCGCUUACGUGCCAUGUGACUCACAGCAUCUCAAUGCCGUGCAGAUGACUUUGGAGCAAGUGGACCUCAUCAAGAGGCUCAUAGAGAAAUACUCUCAGCAUAUGCAAUUCGCUGCAUCCUAUAAAGAAAUCCUGGAAGCCCACAACAGGGGUAGGAUAGCAUCUUUAAUUGGGGUGGAGGGCGGUCAUAGUCUAGGAAGUAGUCUAGCAGUUCUAAGGACACUGUACCAAUUAGGAGUACGUUAUCUAACUCUCACGCAUACCUGCAACACUCCAUGGGCAAAAAGUUCGACGGUCGAACAGAAUGAGCAAAUUGACGGAGGACUGACCUCAUUCGGAAAGGCUGUUAUUCGAGAAAUGAAUAGGUUGGGGAUGCUGAUAGAUUUGAGCCAUACUGCAAGGGCAACUAUGAGGGAUGCUUUAAGAGCGAGCAAAGCACCUCUCAUAUUCUCACAUUCUUCGGCCUUUGCUAUUUGCAACUCAUCGAGGAAUGUGCCUGACGACAUUCUCAAGCAGCUGGCUGCUAACAAGGGUCUGGUGAUGGUCACAUUUUACAACUACUUCGUUAAAUGUGGUGCUGAAGCUAGCGUGACUGACGUUGCAGAACACAUUUAUCACAUUAGGAAUUUAAUUGGAGUGGACCACAUUGGAGUUGGAGGAGACUUCGAUGGCAUUAACAAGACACCCCGUGGUCUCGAGGACGUUUCCAGAUAUCCAGAAUUGUUUGCGGAACUUCUUCGUAGCGGCAAGUGGACGGUGCUCGAUCUAAAAAAAGUUGCCGGAUUAAAUCUCCUGAGAGUAUUACGACAGGUUGAAAGGGUCAGGGACGAUAUGAGAACAGCUGGUGAACUGCCAUCGGAAGAUUUACUUGAUUCGCCGGACACAUCAGGAAGUUGUGCUUUGAACAUAAAUGAAGUGCAAAGAGUCAUGGAAGUCUGAAUAUAUUUCUCCGAAACCGGAAUACUCGAGAGUCCAGAAAGAAGAAA